UUGUCUCUUUCGAUUGAGUCCCCGAACACCGUUGCUUCCUUGCUUCUACCGGACGUAUUCAUCUAUUUGGCUCAGAAUUACCGCUUCACUGGAUCUAGUAUCGAUGAAAUCUGUGACUACAAUUCUUCGGUUGCUUUAGGCUGCUUCCAAUACUUUUUGUCACAGUUCUGGCUGACCCUUAGAAUGAUCUACGGUAAAUUACUUCAUGGCGCUGUCAGCAACCCACCUCUACAGAUGACCAGUCAGAACUCUCAGCCGGCUCGAAAGCCUAUGCACCCUGCGUCCACGGCCCGAGACACCGGCAAUGUUCACCGGAAGAAGUACGGUGCACAGAGUACAUCGGCUGCCACGCUGACAUCCCAGUCGCGUCUCAGUGUGCUCAACUUGGUCUCGCCUGAAGAUCAUUGUGCAGAGGCUCCGGUGAAGCAUGCCGUCGAUUUUCCCGAGGCUAGUUCGGCUAGCAACAAGGAACAGACGGAGAGGUCUGCCGACUCGCUUAUACCAUCAACUGGUGAUGCUGCCAGUACGCAAGUGGCUGGAAGUCUUGGAGAAUCUGUGAACUUCCUGUUCUCUGAUCAACCUUCCGAUUCACAAGUAAACAGUCUCGCGGCGAACGCAGUCGUACAUGAUUCACAACAGUACAUGAAAAAGGUCGGUGUUGAGCCCUCGGAGGCCGGCGGUCGUAAGUAA